GACGCCAUAUUGGCUUUGCUUGCUUCGCGCUAUUGUGGAAAGGUUGUUUUACCACAAGUGAUGACUGUUUCUACGUAAUAUUCGUUUUGUGCCGUGAUCAGUUAUUAUUGUGUAUUAGUUCAGUAUAUAUUUAACAUCCAAAAUGGAUCCCGCUAAGAUGAAAGUGGUGGAUCUGAGAUCUGAGCUUGGCGCGCUGGGCUUGGACACUAAAGGCAAUAAGCCGGCUCUCGUGGAGAGACUGAAGAAGGCUUUAGAAUCUAAGACUGGCAAGGUGAUUGCCGAUACAACAAUUUUGGACACGUCGACUGAGGAUGUCGAGGAUACACCGAGGAAACCUACUCCUGCAGCGAGGACGACCAGGCGUUCAUCGUCGUCCAGACUUGCUGCUACACCAGCAAAGGUGAGUAAGACCAUUCGUGAGGAACCUCCGAAGGUGAUUGAGGAAGAUGCGAAAGAGACUCAAGAAGAGGAAAAUGUUGAGGAUGACGAAGAAAAGAAGGUUGAAGAAGAAGAAAAAGAGGAUCCAAAAGUAGAGAAACCAGAGGAGGUGCAGACUGCUAAUGAAGAGAGUCAAUCGCCUGACCCAGCUCCCAAGAGUAAUGAUGCUGAGGCCAUGGAGACAGAUGAUGUUCAACCUGCGGAGACAAAAAAUGGCUCCGGAUCCUACGACCCCGAGGAGCCAACUAAGAUGGAAACCAACGAGCAUGACAAACCGGAGUCGGAGGGAGAAACGAAGCCGGAGCAUGAGGAUGGUGAAGGAAAUGAUAAAGAAAGUGCAGAUAAGAAGGAUAAGCCUCCACGAAAACUGACAGAAGAGGAGGAAUGGAUAGAGUUAAACAAGAGAUUGCAGAUCAAAGAGCAGGAGAGAUUAGAGAGAGAAAGAAAGCAAAAGGAGGAGGAUGAGAGAAAACUAGAGGAGUUGAGUAAUGAUCCGAUCAAACUGCAACGUUUGAAACGUAAGCAUGAGAAGAAAGCUCGUUGGAACAACUACUACAGGACGAUAGAGGCUACCAAUAAAGUUCUAACACCACCCUCGCCUCACACCGGCAAAGGGAAAAAGAAGUCGGAGCCUAUUGUUGAGCCCAAGAUAGAGGAACCAGAGUUGAAUGACAACAAAGUUACUCUGUCGUGGUAUGACAGCGACCUGAACCAAUACCUUGAGCUGCCUGAGCUGAACUCGGUGGUGCCGCUCAGCGAGGGAGCCUUCGCGCACGCGUGGGCCGGCGCGCGGGCCUCGCACGGCGUCAACACGGGACGAGUGUGCUACGAGGUUCGUGUUGGUGCCGUGGUGACGACGACGGAGGCGACAGACAAGGAGCAAAUACUCAACGGGCUGAGAAUCGGCUGGUCCACUGAUGACUCCACCCUGCAUCUGGGCGAGGGUCCAACGUCGUUCGGUUACGAAAGCACGGGCCGAGCCGUCAACAACAGCGAGUUUAAAGAGUACGGACAGACUUACACCGAGAAGGACGUCGUUGGGGUUUACUUGGACCUAGAAUCGGAGCCGUGCACGAUAUCGUACACGCUCAACGGCGUCUCGCUUGGCGUCGCGUACGAGUUUAGCAAGGAGAGUCUCGUUGGGCGAGCGCUCUUCCCCCACGUGCUCACCAAGAACACGUGCUACCGCGUCAACCUGGGAUACGACACAUACAACAUGCUCACGAAAACCAAGAUCGUGCGCAAGCGCCUCGAGAUACCCAUAGAGGAGAUUCUAGAAGAGAGACGGCAGAAGUUGGAGGAGUUGAAGAAGCAGAGGCAGGAGCAGGCGCGCAUCAACCGUGAGAGGAAGGAGAAAGAGAAGCAGGAGAGAGAGGAGAGACAGAGGAAGAAGAACGAGGAGCGUGAUAAACGAGACAAGGAGCGCAAAGAGGCUAACGCGGAGAAAGGCGAGACGGAAGUCGGAAAGAAAGACGAGAGCGCCGACAAGUCCAUGGAAGAAGACGCGGGAGAGAAGAAGGACGACGCAGAGGACAAGGACGAGUCUAUGGAGAACGGUGACAAACCGGAGGAGCCAGAACCGGAAGUGAAGGCGGAGCCGACAUCGCCCAAGCCAGAGGACAAAGAUAAAGACGCCGAAAAGACGGACGACAACGUUGAAGUUAAAGCUGAGACGAAGACCGACCCAACGGAAAUCACAGAAGAAGAAUUCAACAAGGGUCCAGUUUUGGACAAACGCAUCAAGUUUGUUAUCAGGUACACGGUCCACGAGGAGCUGGACGGCGCCGAAGCGUGUCUCCAGCCAGGCUAUGUACUGUUAUCGUCCGCUGAGCUCGUCGACGGCCCGCGCCGACCGCUAACCACGCAGGACUGUGAGGUGAUUCUCAUGGUUGGAAUGCCAGGGGCUGGAAAGACGUACUGGGCAAGACAACAUGCUGCUGCUAACCCGGAUAAGAGAUUCAACAUUAUCUCUACUGGAGCUCUCUUCGAUAAAAUGAAGGUGGAUUGCAAGCCGAUACGGGCUACGUACGAGGGAAGAUGGGACGCGAUGGUGUCGAAAUGUGCGAAAUGCGUCGUCAAACUGUUGGAAAUCGCCAAGGGGAGACGCAGGAAUUUCAUACUUGAUCAGACGAACGUGUACCCGUCGGCGCAGCGACGCAAGCUUCGCGAGUUUGACGGCUAUCGUCGCGUAGCGGUCGUCGUCGUCACGGACGCCGAGACGUACGCGGAUCGGUGUCGUCGCCGCGAGGAAGCCGAUGGGAAGGAGGUGCCGGAUGGUGCGAUUGUUGAUAUGAAAGCAAACUUCACCCUCCCCGAGCCGAGCUCGUGGUUAGACGAGGUCAUCUACGCUGAGCUCGACGCGGAGAAAGCCAAGGAAGUCAUCGAGGUAUACCACCAAGAGGCAGCAGCAGCGGGAGCAGCGCGAGAGCGGGACAGACGCGCGAGAUCGGACUCGCGGGAGGGACCGCCGGCGAAACGCGCGAGGUCGCCCGACAGGAGGGAUAGAAGGCCGAGGGAUAGAGAGGAUCGCUGGGGCGGUGGCGGUAGCAGUCGCUGGGGCCCCGCGAGCGGCGGGCGCGGGAACCGCUGGGGCGGCGGCGGCGGUGGCGGCGGCGGCGGGCGGGACCGCAGUAGCGGUGGGGGCGGCAGUGGCGGCGGCGGCAGCGGCGGCGGCGGCGGCAGGUUCGACCGCGGCUGGGGCGGCCCGGGCAACAACAGGAACGACUACGGGCGCGAUCGCGACAACUACCGCGGUCGCGGUCGAGGCGGCGGUCGCGGCGGCGGCGGCGGCAUGGGUGACAGAUACCGCGACUCGCGACCGACGGGCCGUGGACCCUCGGCCGAGGGUAGAGGACCGCCGAAUAAGAACCAAGGUGGCGGUAUGGGCGGAAUGGGCGGCGCGGGCUCCUGGCAGCGCGGCUCGUCCGGCGGCCGCGCGCCCGCCAGACCCAACCAGCAGGGACGACCGGACGGUCCCCCGAACCAGAAGGGCAACCAGGUCGCAGGGAACCAGAACGCUCAGAACCCGCAGGGCUGGAACCAGUGGGCCAACCAGUGGGGAGGCUGGGGCAACUGGAAUAACCAGAAUCAGGGCUGGGGCAACUGGAACAACUGGGGCUGGGGCAACGCUCAGGGCCAGGGGGGAGCGCAGGCGCAGGGCAAGAACCAGCAGGGCCAGCAGCAGUGGCCGGCCAACUACAACGCGCAGCAGUGGUACCAGUGGCAGCAGUGGCAGCAGCAGCAGCAGGGCUGGCCCGGGUACCAACAGAACGCCGGUCAGGGUGCGCAGGCGAGCGGCAACGAUCAGGCGCAGGCGUGGGCGCAGUAUUACCAGAAUUACGGCGGUGGCAACGCGGGAAAUGCGAACGCCGCUGGGGCAAUUGACAAGAAGUGAUAAAAAAGUGCAAAAAAGCGGACACACAGACGGCUGUACAAUUUAUAUGUACCAGUUACCUCCAUAUAACCGAGUUGUAUGUAAAUAUAUUGUGUAUUCAAAGUAAUAAUAAAAAUCUACACUGUGC